GGAGAGAGAGAGAGAGAGAGAGAGAGAUGAAUAAAGACAAGAGAUCCGCCCCGAAUGUCGCGGAGGAUCUGCGCUGGAGGUGACAACUUUCAAAUCCUCAAGAGUUAUUUAAAAAAAAAAUCUUUUUUCAGAAGAUCUAAUCUGUGGGAAGCGCCAAAGAUUUUGACAACACAGAUAUUAACUGUGAGGCCCCCUGGAAGCCCAGUUAUAUAGAACGUGGGUAGGGGUGUGCUGGAGCUGGUGGGCAAGCUGCCCUGUGGGAUGUGUGACAGGACACUGGUGUGCGCUUGAGCACUGCAGGACCCCCCUUGCUUUCGUGGAACCCCACCGGUAGACAGACGGACAGACAGACGGACCAUGCUGCUGGGGCUGGGGCGCAAGAAGAAGGCCACCUCACUGGUAGAGAAUGAAGAGGCGGAGCCCAUUCGGGCAGGGCUGGAUGUGCCGGGGCUGGAGGGCUUGAGGUCUAGCAGAGAGGUGGAGGGAGCCUCCCUCGAGGUCCUGUCGCCAGGCCUGCCCCCCCCUCCCGCUGGCCUCAGACCCCGACUGGUGUUCCACACCCAACUGGCCCAUGGCAGCCCCACCGGCCGUAUCGAGGGCUUCAGUAACGUCCGCGAACUCUACGCCAAGAUCGGGGAGGCCUUCGGGAUCCCUGUGGAUGAAGUGGGUGAUCAGAUCAUGUUCUGUACGCUGAAUACGCACAAGGUGGACAUGGAUAAGCUACUGGGAGGCCAGAUCGGCCUGGAGGACUUCAUCUUCGCCCAUGUGAAGGGCCAGAAGAAGGAGGUGGAGGUGUUCAAGGGUGACGACGCCCUAGGGCUCACCAUCACCGACAACGGAGCAGGAUACGCCUUCAUCAAGAGAAUAAGAGAGGGCAGCACCAUUGAGCAGAUCCAGAUUGUCAACGUCGGGGACAUGAUCGAGUCCAUCAAUGGGCAGCCUCUGAUUGGCUGCCGCCACUAUGAGGUUGCCAGGAUGCUCAAGGAACUGCCCAAGGGGCGGGAGUUUAGCCUCAAACUGGUGGAGCCUUUGAAGGCUUUUGACAUGAUCAGCCAGCGGUGUGGUGGGUCGCGCUCAGGCUCCGCAGGGUCUCAGCUGGGGACAGGCCGAGGGACACUGCGACUGCGGGCCAAAGGACCUGCCACUGUGGAAGAGCUGCCGUCCGCGUUUGAAGAGAAGGCCAUUGAGAAGGUGGAUGACCUCCUGGAGAGCUAUAUGGGAAUCCGAGACAGCGAGUUAGCGGCCACCAUGGUGGAGCUGGGGAAGGACAAGAGGAACCCUGACGAGUUUGCAGAGGCACUUGACGAGACGCUGGGUGACUUUGCUUUCCCGGACGAGUUUGUGUUUGACGUCUGGGGUGCCAUUGGCGAUGCCAAGGUGGGCCGUCUGUAACCAUGGAAACCCGAGGAACACCUCAACGUGUUGAGAUACCAGAGAAGACCCCGCGGAUGACCACUACAGACCCUUCAGUUAGUUUUUUGCUUUUUUUUUUUUUUUUUUUUUUUAAAAAAUAAUUAAACAGUGAAGAGCCUCCUGGGGUUGGUUUGGACCACUGUCCCGAAAACUCUCACCUUUCACCUCCUUUGCUGCAUGUGAACUUCUGCAGGAGCAUAGAGAAAAGAACUGGAGACAUGAGACUAAAAUGAGUAGAGCCUUUGACAGCCAGAUGGGGUGACUCUAUAUUUGUGAUGUGUUUUGGGGACCAUUCUGGACUGUCUUGGAUACUGCUGGACUUUGUUGGACUGUCUAGGACUUUACCACAUAGUGUGGGGCUGUGUUAUAGUGUCACACACUGUCUGUGUCUGAUUAUACUGGACUGUCUUGUAUUGUCUCAGACUGCGUCAGCUGGCCGUGGACAGUGCCGGACUGUGUUGGACUGCACCUCUGCUUCCAUUACAAACUCUGGGUUGGACUGAAAAGCAGCACGUUGCCAUGUGCUGAAUUCCACGUCAUGUGGAGUUAUUGGCCUUUAGUAAUACAUGGUUACGCUUGUGGUCAUAUUUCUUAAAGUUAUAACUUUUAACAUCCCGCAGCUGCUGCAGUGUUAGUCUUGUUCUCUCCAUCUUCUGGCCCAAAGUUCAUAAAGCGGAAAACACUUUUAUAACGUCGAUGCUGCCGAUCGAAGUGUCUCGGAUAAAGUGUGUGGAAAUCCUCGCUGCAGCUAUUGAGAACGUCUCCAUGGCGGUUCUCAUCCGUUCUGCUCUGUCACAAUUGGAAAUGUGCAGUGUAUUGUGAUUUAUUCUGAUGCGCCCGGGUUGGAAUAGCACCUGACCUCCGAGGAAUGUAGUACCCGUCACAGAAGUGCUGAAGAUGCUGGAACAUGGAGCAUGUGGCUGUGGACAUGUGAUGGAAAAAAGUAGAUAAUCAUUGGAUAGAGCAAUGUAACAAUCCGCUCCCAUAAUGAGUCACUGCAGAGUCCAUCAAUGAGGUGUCAGCUGUGCCAAAAUGAGGAAAAAAUACUUAAAAGUACGCUUGUAUAUAAACACUUAAAUAUGAGUCUGAAAGGAGGAGGAAACUGGGAUUAAUGGAAAUAUAGCAUACAAAACGAGGUGCAAUAAUGUCACAGGUAUAAAUAUAUUAAACGAUUGUACAGCUGUGCUGCCAGGACUAUUCGGUUAUUUCAAAAUAUCGUGACAGUGGAAUUGUAGGUAGAAAAAAGUAUUGCUUUAUUUUCUUUAUAAUAAGGAUAAAGAACUGUGAUGCUGCUUCAGCAGUGAACAUUUGCGUCUUCCUAAAGACCCUUGUUUUGUAAGAGAUGGCAGAUUUGUUCUUGCCCUUUUUUAACUUUGACUCCUUAAUGAUUUGUUUUGGCAUGUAGUUUUUAUAGUACCAUUAUGUCCAUGUUUUGAGUUACUCCUAUUCACUUAUUAUAGUGCUAUAUAUGAUUUCCGACUUUCAUAUGACAGCAUUUUCACACUAACAGUGUUUAACAGUAUUAUUAGUCCUAUUUCAUCGAGAAGCAAUUCCAAUGCAUUUUAAUGCUUGUACAUUAUAAAAACAGCUGUUGUACUGGGAGCUUGGUAUUACACUGUUAAUGUGAUUGGUAAUAGAAAUAAUGGUUAUAUUUACAAUAUAAACUGA